AUGGGCUCCCUCCCGGCGCGGGAGCUGCAUGUGUGCAAAGUCCUACCAGGCGGGAUCCGGAGGCCCUUAGACCACCGCACCGAGACCUUCCCGGGGUUAAGGCUCACGGGCCAGAGCAGAGGGCACUCAGCUGGAUGUUCACAAAUUUUUCCAUUCAGGUUCAGGCCCUCUGUGGUGAAGGACUGUAUCCAUGCUGUGCUCAAGGAGGAACUCGCAAAUGCUCAAUAUUCUCCAGAAGAAAUGCCUCAGCUCACAAAACAUUUAUCAGAAAACAUUAAAGAUAAAUUAAAAGAAAUGGGAUUUGACCGAUACAAAAUGGUGGUGCAAGUAGUGAUUGGAGAACAAAGAGGUGAAGGAGUGUUCAUGGCUUCUCGCUGUUUCUGGGAUGCUGACACUGACAACUAUACUCAUGAUGUUUUCAUGAAUGACAGUUUGUUCUGCGUUGUAGCAGCAUUUGGCUGUUUCUACUACUGAGUGAAUCUUUGAAAAGCUGGGAAAAGACAUGACCAUGAAGAAAUCUGCACUUUUUAAUAUUGUUAAAUAUCUUGACAAAAUAAAGAUGUUACUAGUUUGACAACUGAA